AGUGACUGGUUUGACUUUGACUUGGUCUUUGCAUUGUUGAAAUUAUUACCUUAGUAUACACAUGACUUUCUCUCUUCAAUAGUAAGCUGUACUAGUCUUCAUUAAACAUUGAGAACACACUUUGACAUUUUGAUAUUUUUUUAAACACAAGCUUAAUGAUAGUUUAGGUGCCUUUUGUUUUCAUACUAUAGAUAUAGAUUGCAUGCUAGUAUGCCUAUCAUUCACCUGAGGAAGUAUUGUACAUUUCAUUUUAUUUCAUUUCUUUAGGCACAAGCGCCAAGGAUAUACCAAUCAGCUAACUUAAGCACUACCCUACGUGACAUGUUAAUAAAAAAUCUCCAAACUAUUCUCUCAGUGCUUUCUACUUUCGCUUUCUCUUAAAAUACUUAAAACAAGUGAGUUUAGAACCAGUCUCAAAUUUCAACAAAAUAGAAAUUGCAAAUACCAAAAACUACAAUUUACUUUACUACAGAAACAGGGACAUAGGUUGGUUUCGGCCAUGGGAGUGUGAAAAGUUAGAUUUCGGAACUAAUCCCAGAAUGCGGAAGUAAAACCCUUAUUCCAAUGAAAAUUUUUACUCCAAUUAGUGGAACUAAUUUGCUGCCAUGGGUGACGGAGUGCUUUCCCAGCAUGCCCAAGAGAAAUGCCAUUUGCUAAAAAUUGUACGCAAUACAUUGCUGCUGUACUUCUUACAUAUUAUGUUGUAUUUACAUUAUGUUUUGUGCAUAGCUUCCUAAUAAUAAUAAUGGAAACAAAAAGAUAAGUAACAAUUAUGGUCAAUUGUCAUAUAUUUAUAUAUAGCACUUUCCACAGAAAAAAACCCAUCUUAAUGCGCUGACAAUAACAACAGUUACAAUAACAAUAACUAUGCUCAGAGAUGUUAUAAUCGUCCAAUCUUGUAUAACCAUAGCCUUUCAAUAUAAAGUUGUUUUUUCAGUUUUUUUUUCAGUCAUUUCAGUUUAUUCAUUCGUUCAUUCUUUCAUUCAUUUUUAAAUCAUUUAAUUAUUCAAUCAUUUCAUCAUUCAAUUUCAUUUAUCCAUUCUUACAUUUUUUCAUAACUCAUUCACUAAUUCAUUUCCUUCAGUCAAUUGCAUUUUAAAGCCUACUAGUAACAUUUUAUCUAUACACUAUGAAGGUAUCACAAAUACUCAAAAUGAUCAUUAAAAAAAAUAGCUUACUUUUGUUAUAAAUGAUAAUUUCUAUUUUUCUGUUAAUUAUUUAAAAAAAUCUUCCUUUCUUUAUAAAUGAUAAUUUCUAUUUUUCUGUUAAUACGGAGAAAUAUGCCAAAAUCCUUGAGAAAGUAGAGCCAGCUAUACGCUGAGCAGUGAAGCUUGGUAAACCUAAUUCGAUGGAUUGGAAAUCCAAACCAGACACCAAACUCAAAGGAUAACUCGAAGAGUUGUGAUAUUCCAAGCCUUUCGCACAUCACUCUGACUCCAAAAGGAAGUACAUUGUAAAAAGAGACAAUAAAAAAAGGAAAUCUGGAGGGUGCUGUGAGAAGUUAAUGGAAAACAAUGAUUGCUAUAAAUUUCAGCAUAUUGUUGCUCAACGUUGAGGCACCGUGCCGUAUGUGUGUAUUCAUGACUACUACCACGUUGAAGGGGAUAACCAAUCCAUACCUAGUUGAGAAGACAUUAUAUGGACUUGGGGUGAUUGAACAAGGUCUGAGACGAGUUGCUGGUUGGAGUGGCGUUAUCAUAACUGUUGCCCUUCUCUUGAUGUUCACCUCUGCAACAGAAUUUAUCCGUCGUUCUUAUUUUGAAACAUUUUGGAUUACGCAUCAUUUGUUUGUCAUUUACUAUGGAUUUCUGCUCGUCCACGGAACUGAAGGUGUUAUCCGUUCCCAGAGUAAUACAGAUAUCCAUGACCCCGUUUAUUGCGAAAAUAUCAGUGUUAAAGAUUGGAAUUUUGAUCCAAAGUGUAUGACCAGUCCAACGUUUGUCAAGGGAUCUGCCGCUAGUUAUAAAUGGGUUACUGGACCACUUGUUCUUUAUUUUAUUGAAAGACUUAUUCGGUUCAUCCGUAGCCACCAGACUGUAACAAUUACAAAGGUUGUGAGGCAUCCCUCUCGUGUCUUUGAGCUACGAAUGAAGAAGAAAGGAUUCAAAAUGCAAUCUGGACAGUAUAUCUUCUUAAAAUGCCCUAGCCUCUCACAUCUUCAAUGGCAUCCUUUCACACUUACAUCGUCCCCAGAUGAAGACUUCUUCAGCGUGCAUAUCCGAACUGCUGGUGAUUGGACAACCUCUUUGUCUAUUGCUUGUGGUGCCACCAGCAAAGAACCAAUUGCAGCAGGGGACCUUCCAAGGGUUGCAGUGGACGGGCCAUUUGGAACAGCUAGUAUAGACAUCUUCAAGUAUCAGGUUGGCAUAUGUGUUGCAGCCGGUAUCGGUGUCACUCCAUUUGCAUCAAUCCUAAAAUCAAUAUGGUAUCAAAUAAGAGAAGGUGAUGAAGAGUUGAAACUACGUAAGGUUUAUUUCUUCUGGGUUUGCCCCGACACAAAUGCAUUUGAAUGGUUCUCUGAACUCCUAAAAAAAUUGGAGAUAGAGAUGGCUGAACAAGGACGGUCAGACUUCCUCAACUACAACAUUUAUUUAUCAAGGGGCUGGAGUACAACACAGGCAAAGAAUAUCUACUUGCUUGAAGAAGAUAAUAAAGAUGCAAUUACAGGCCUCCGACAGAAGACACAUUAUGGGCGUCCGGUAUGGGAUAGUAUCUUUAAGCAGAUCGCUUCGGACAAUCCAGGUGUUAAUGCUGGAGUGUUCUUCUGUGGCCCAUCAGCUUUGUCUCACGUUCUUCAUAAGAACAGCAACUUACAUUCCAGCAUCACCCGUGAUGGCUGUCGCUUCUUCUACAACAAAGAAAACUUUUGAGCACAGAGUAAUUUUAGUUUAGGAUGAAUUACUUGUGUCUUUCAAUUAUAAUAUAAAUACUAGAAGAUUAGAAACCGUUAAAUGUAUGCAUACAAAACCAAUUAGAAUGCCCUCAUUCAUGAAUUCACAAAACCAAUUUGUAAAGCAAAAUUGAUCUUGUAUCUGUUUUUGGUUCCUAUGCUUUCAAGCAAAGGAACCUUUAGAAUACCCUUCGUGUGUAUGUAUUUAUGUGACAUGUAUGUUACGCUGUUUUUUGUAAACAAGCAAAAGUGACUUUCCAGAUAUCUGUUCGUUAUGAACAUCCGUACCCAAGUAAAACUGGAUAUGACGUUGUGCCCUAUUUAAUAAUUUUCUAUUUUGACAAAUAUUAAAGCCAUAACUUAUGAAAGACAAUACCCCCUACCCUUGAAAAGACUAGUGAACUCUAUGAUAAGGGGAAAAUAUUUAUGGAAUGUUCAUUUUCAUUAUCCCACUGUCUUAAAUGUGAUGGAUUCAGGGGUGGUGCCAGGAUUUGCCUGAUGGGGGCCUGAGGUCCCCGUCGGACAGCUCGGCCCCCAGAAAAUAUAUCCUACAGCUGCCACAGCUACUUUCCUACACCUUUUUAUCAUUGGCACUUAACAAGCAGAACAAAAAAACCUGAUGCCAGGAUUAAUAAUAAAAUAAUAAUAAUUAUAAUCAUUUUGGCUUAAAUAGCACAUUAUGCUAAAGCCUCGAUGCGCUUAACAAUAAAAAUGAAACUGACGGGUUAACACUUGCGGUCUCUCUGGUUUUGUUUGUUGGUCACCCGGGUCAUCGUAAAUACUGUACUGCAAUAUUUCACGAAUGCCCGCAUAGGAACCUUGGACCUCGCAGAGGUCUGGUUCAAUUUCAUUUAUGAUAGCGAAAGAACAAUUGAAAGCUCUAAAUUUAUCAUAUUCUCCAAAAUGUGUUUAAUGUGUUAGUUAUCAUAACAGUUACAAUAUUGUAAGGUUGUCAAAAAAAGUAGUAUUUUGUGUUGUUAUGAAGAUGAUCUAACCUUAAUACAAGAUACUGAAAUUGAUUCAAAAUGUAUCAAUAUUCUAAUCUGCCAAAAAAGUUAAUUGUUAUAGAGGGCGGUGUGACUUUUUUCCACAUUACCUAUCCUGAUCGGUUAUAAAUGAAUAAAUAAUGUUUAUUUGACAUUACACUUUUAUA